UGUGCACGCGCUGCUGCUGCAGAUCGAGAGAAGGAGGCGUGUGCGAGGCGACCGUUGUUUCUACCGUCAGGAGCCGCAACUUGGCACCAAUCCCGACUGUGAAGUCUUCGUUUUCUGGUUGCCAGGAACGACGCCAACAAACAAACUCCGGUCCAGCUUACUCAGCGCACCCGGUGUGCGAGGUCCAAGUCCUGCCGUACAAGGCGUUACCUGUAGACGCUCGCUCGUUCAUUUGCGGGAGCCGCCGAACCCCCAGCCAGCUCUCGCUGCCCACUCGGCUUGCCAGUAGUAGUCAUGACUACAAAACUGGAGCCUCCUGAGUCCACGUCAGUCUCGCGCUGGCUGGCCGAGCUGCACAUGGAAUGUUACAAGAAGAACUUGGAGCACUUUGACACCGUGAAGCCUCUACUAGAGAUUUGUAGGAGCUAAAGACCCAGAGCGAUGAAGAGAAGCUUGGUGUCACCCAACAGCACAGACUCCGCUCUGUGUCUGCUGGUCAGUCUCGCCUAGCUACAACGCUCCCAGACGUCGUCGUCUUCAACUAUCAGAGCGAAUCUAACCCUCAGCCCAGUUUUUGUGAGAGCUCACUCCACUGCUGACUCAAAAUCUGUCUCCAGAAGAAGUUCCCUUAGAAACUUCAAUCUCAAAGGUCUACUUGGAAGCGGUGGAUCUAAGAAGAGCAAGAAGUCACGAGAGACAAUGUCAGUGACCACGCCCACUUUGACCUCUGCCCUCGACCUCCAUGCCACGCCCACUUCUCCCCCACCCACAAAAAGCUACCCGAUCCCCGACUACGAGGAACUGGGGGACUGCAAGACUCCGGCCACAUGGCAGUGCCAAAUGAAUAUGUCCCGUCUCCCCAGGAAAUGGAGCAGUUCCGUAGGCGUGUCUACACCGUGGGGGUGUGUCAGCCGACGCCAACCGAGAUCCCUCUCCGCCGGCUCCUGCCCGAGGGGUUUUCCCGUCGCGACAGCAUGGCGACCAACACCACCACCACAUCAGACGAAGACACUCGCAGUAAUACCUCGUCCGGGAUCACAAGUCGCACCACCUCAGCGUCAUAUCGAUGGAGUCUGGGCUCAGCUUUGGCUACGAUGUGGACAUAAAACCCCAGCCUACCGCUGGAGGUCCAGCCUUGGUUCCACGGGAAGCUAUCGCGCGAAGACGCCUCGGCGCUCCUCCGAGACGAGGGAGACUUCCUUGUGCGAGAGAACACGGCAGUGGCCAACACGUACACCCUCAGCAUGCACUGGCGCGCUCAGAGCGAUCACACGCUCAUCCAGUGUGAUGAAGUCGUCAACAGUCGCAACGGUACCACGGUCAAGUACAGCUUUGACGGCGGCGCCUUUGACAGCAUCCCCGAGCUGAUCUACCACCACCUCAAAUACCAGAUCCCAAUUGAUAGAGACACUCACAACCUCCUCAUGACACCCAUUCACAGACCAGGUGCGCGAGUCCCGUUUGCUCCGGCCAGUUACUAUCAACAGCACACUCAUCCCUCCGAGAGAGGUCCGCACACCGGCGGACAUUCCUCCCCCUCGUACCCCCGGGGGGACGACAACAUCACCAGGUCAGAGGUCGCAAGAGUGCCGCACCAUCGUCCUCUCCGCUCGACGUCGAUGAGUCCCGGUGCCUCCAGCGUGACGUCAUCGUCCGCGCGACCGAGCCCCGGACGAGAUUUCGCCGCGAGGUGUAGCAACUCCAGUGGAGAUCUCAUUGAAAACAGACGGAGUGGGACAUGCAGCUGCAGUGCAGAGGAACGCCGUGAGUCCUCCCCCCGGUGUUGGCGGAGCCCCCGUAAUGAUGAGAUCGCGAGCGAUGACAGACUCGAGGAUAAUAAAACGAACCAGCAGUGCAGGGGUGAGAAACUCGAAACGAGACAGUUUCGGCGACUACGAAGUGAUGGAGAGCGUGUCUCUACUCGGGUCGCCGCCCACUCAACGAAAGGAGUGUCCCCACUCCGGCAGCCCGUCCCCUGCUCCGGGGAACAUUCCGCCGGCUGACGACGUAAAGUAUGCAGAGAUCCGACACCUUAACAAACCACGCGAGCUAAUGCGACGCGACACUUACUCUGGACCCCAGCACUCGGGUGUCAAGUACGCCGAGGUCCGCUUCACUCGCAAGCAACACUCCCAACCGAGCGUGUCCCCCCACCCCUUCAGCCUGUACGAUACAAUCCAGUCGUCUGGCCAGCAGGCGCGAGUGAGCCCCUACCAAUCACGGGCAGAGGUCCUGGCUCAGAGACUUCAGUCUGACUCGCCUCCUCGAUCUUCCCCCUCACCCUCCUCCUCUUCCUCCUCCUCCACCGCUCACCCCAGACUGAGUCGGAUGGAGUCUUCACCGCACCCCUACCCCAGUCGCUACUCCACCCACUCCCUCCCCAGACACACCUCUUCCCCUCUCGUUAUGGACGGUAUAUCAGAGGAGGCCGCCCCAAAUCAAACCCCGGCACAUCCUCAACAGCAACCGGACGGGAAGAUGCACUCGCUCCCUGACCGCACCCGCAGACGAGUCCACGCGCCGCACGAGGCACCACGCAGCGGUCUAGCCACCGAGGGACACAGUGUCGGUAAAAGAGGAGGACUAUCGGCCCCCGAUAGGGUCCCCAAGAGCUUGCCCGGCUACGAGAUGUUGGUUUCUCUCCACGAGAUGCUCAGUUGCAGCUCAGACGUGGAGCUGGCCUCCCACCUCACUAGAGCUGACGCCGUGGCUUUUCUGCUCACCCCCAGGCCCGGAGAAGACAAGGAAGUAUGGAAAGAGAGGGUGCAGAAGACGACAUCAUCCUCUGGGCUCUACGUGGGGCUCCAAACUCUGGCUGACACCGAUGGAGAGAAACUAUGGAAAAAACUAUUCUUCAGACACCAGAGUCUGUGUCACAUGGUGUCUCUGAGUAUCGUGAGCGCUGGCGACACCAUCGAAAGAGCUCGCAUGCUCCGCCGGUUCGUCGAGCUGGCCUUCAUCCUCCAGAGUGGGAGCUGCGGGAAUCUCUUCUCGUUUAUCUCAAUCAUGCAGGGACUUACCUCCCCACAAGUGCUGAGCAUGACUCAAACAUGGCAGCAGUUCCGCUCCAUGUUCCCGGAGUCCAGCCAGACCCACAAACAGCUGCAGGACAUCCUCACCAGCCUCAGUCAGGGCGUCACCAUGUACGCCACGGACCAAAUCUCCAUCCCUGCCAUCCAGCACCUCCGAACUGCCUUCCACUUCGAGGAGACCACCCUACCCGGCUACGCCCUCUCGUCCUCUUCUACCGAAGACCACACCCUCAUCGGACAGCACACUAACCUCUUAGUUGGUCUAGACGGGAUCCACACCAUCAUUAAACACGCCUCGCGUUUCUCGUACAACGCCCGGAAACGUCUCGAGCCGCUGCAGUACAACGUGAAACUGAUGGACUUUUUCUCGCAGGAUUUCACGCGAAGCUACAUGCGCUCGAUUGGGGUUACAUCGGAGGAUCAGAUUGAGAGGAGGAGAAGGUUCGACAUGCUGCUAAGUGCCCUUGUAGACAGAGUCGAAGUCGCUCCGUAAUAGCCCUACCACCAUGUUUAUCACCAAAACUUAUAGUUUUUCUCAAUGUUGUUUUUACCAUUGUAUAUAAUUAUAUGUCAUGUACAUAGCGUGAUGUCGGUCCACUACUUCUCAAAAAACAAAAGUCAAAUUUUUGUCCUUCACCUAGUCAAUUUUUUAGUGUGUCUUCAGAAGAAAUCACCUCAUUGUCUCACAUACAUGUACUCUAUAUCAGUUGUUCUUGUCUGCCCAUCUUUGUAUAAUAAGACAUGGAAUUUUGAAAUAUCAUAUACCCAACUUCAAAGGACCGCUGUCUUACUAUAAUAGUUUAUAAUAUACCUCUGUAUGCGUGCAAAAUUAAUGUCACACUCUAUGACACUAAGCUCAUAAUGCCAAUAAUUUUGAGAUUCUUCAAAGAUACAGUACAAUUAUACAGUAUGC